AUUAAGAAAGAAAAGAAGAGAUGGAGAGAGAAGAAGGAGUUUCUUAUUAUCUUUGGAUCCCUUUUAAGUUCAUUCACCAAACUUUCCGAUCUCUCUUACUCAAGCUCUUUGGUCUGCCUUCUCCUUCUUCUGAUCAGCACUGCUUGCCGGAGGAAGAUGAAGUUGAGGUUGUGGAAGUGUCGUCGAGGUCAUUUGCGAAACCAAAGAAAGUAGUGCAGAAGUCGAGAGAAGUUAGUUCCGGCAAGCCUGGACGUAAAAACUAGAAGUUGAGAGAUAUUUAGUUCUUGUUUUUACGGAGACAAAUUCUUCACUUCCCAUUGUCUUUUCUACUUAUAAUGUAUUGUAUAAUUUGAUAUUCGUAUUUUGAAUAAUUUCUGAAGAUUGUUACUCCUA